AAUUUAGUGAAAUACAGUGGUCUUUUUGUUCACAUAUAUGAAAGUUCCAUUAACUUCUGUGUACUAGAAAGAUUCAUCACACAAUUGCUUGCUUGUGUUUUCACUUCCUUUCCUCCAUGGAAUUGGACAUUGGAAUCACUCAUUCAGAUUUAACUCUUGCUGAGUCUUGGUUUGCAGCUGAUACAUCUAGUGGAUAUCUUGAAGAUGCAAUCAAUGGCUGGGAUAUUUGGUGCAAGCAACAUAACUUACCAACCUACUCUCAAGAUCAAAAGGAACCUCUAUUUCCAACAUUUUCUUCCAAAGCAGCCCAAUUACUUCAAGACCAUAAAAAAUUCAGCACUAUGAACCUAUCAUCAUCACAAAAUCAUACACAUUCAGCUGCAGAAAAACAUGAUUCACCUCACAGAAGUUGUGCAUCAAGAGAAUUAAAAGAAAACGGUGCUUCUAUUUCAAGGGGACAGUGGAAGAAAAUAGCUUAUCCAUUUGAGUUGGUGAAACCUGGAGGAGUUGAAGGGGAAACAACAAUUAAAGAUAUAAACCACCAAAUGAUGAUGAGUCCUUCAAAGCCAAUUCCACAUCCUGUGGCUGUAGAAGAUUAUGGGACUCAUUCAUGUAUUUCAAACCGUGGUUAUGGUAUUUCAGGAAAAGAAGUGGCAGCACUUACUAGAAUUCAAACUAGGGGUAGAGGCUCCAUUACCAUUAUUAGGACCAAAGGUUGAAUUAAAGUGAAGGCUAUUUCACUAGUGCAUGUUUAGGGUUAGAGUUAGUUUCAUGAAAUUACGGUAACAACAUAAUUUUAAUGAAAUUUUACGGUGUAGCUUUUACUAAAAUUACGGUGGCACACCAUGAUUGUGCCGAACUCGUGGAUGAUCUAAACAUACUUUUGUUAGUAUGUUCUUAAUUUUUGUAUCAUAGUAAGCCUUCAUAGUUUAUACCAAAUAUGCAUAAAUGUAAUGAGAUGAAAAUAGUCAAAAAUGUUUGUUGUAGUAUAAAAGUUAGUUUGAAAUUUCCCCCAGCCAGUGAUUGAAUUU